AUGGAUACUGUCGAGAAGCACAACUGGGUUGCUGGGGGUUCAUAUUCCAAUAUCCACCGCGUCACUCCGAGUAUUGUGGUGAAAGUUGUUCGCCCUAAGCUGCGAGAGGAGGGACUGGAGCAUCCGUUCCUCAAAGAAAUCUCCUUUUUCAAACAGGUGGAUGAGCGCCGGGAUCGAUGCUCCAGUAUAGUCGAGUGUUUCCUCACGCUCCCCGACUAUCUUUUCCUACCCUACUGUCCGAACCAGAGUGUCGGCCAUCGAUUGCGCCCUCGCCAGGAGCGGGAACCAGGGGUAAAUGGCUUCCAGGGACGUGUGAGUCGUGUGACAGAAUACGAGGAUCCUGCUCUUGUCGCUCGAUGGCUACAACAAGUCGGGUCAGCGCUUGAAUACGUCGAGAAGAUGGGCUUUUGUCAUAAUGACCUGCAUGAGUUCAACUGCCUCCUCGACAAGGACUUCAAUUUGAAGCUGGCAGAUUUUGGUCGUGCCACCACUAUUGGACAGUUCCUUGAAGAUACCAUGCCUCCACGCGCCAGAGUAGUUGUUGCUGGGCCUUUGAAAGACACUUACGGUCUCUGCUCUGCUAGGACCGAGCAAUUUGCCCUUGGAUCUCUUUUGUACUUUAUGGUGUACGGCCAUGAACCCUACGAGGACACGGAACGGGAACUCAGUCGAUCAGAAUUUGAUCGCCGAUUUGGCCAGAUGGAGUUUCCAGAGCUGCAUCGCCACGACGUUUUUGACGAACUUAUUUCUGCUUGUUGGCAUAACGUCUAUCCUACGAUGGCUCUCGCAGCCUAUGACUUUAAGCGCAAAACAAAAGACAUCGCAGGCUUGAUUCCAGAAUACGAGACCAUUGAUCGUGCGAAGGAGAUAAAGAGCUGUGAAGCCUUGAUUCGAAAAGGGAUCCUUGGGCCUGAACUGGCGCUUCGUUACCAGCCAUUCAGUUGGAAAUUUCUCCAUGCAGCGAGGAACAUGUUUUGGAAGGCUUUGGCUGGUCUACCAAGGAGAAUCUGGCUGUGGCUCUGGUCUUGA